AUGGGAUAUGAACUGCUUCUAAUCGAUCAAAAGGGAACUACAAUCCAAGCAUUCAUACCAGCUUAUCGACUAGGAGACUAUGAGGAAAAAUUAAAGGCUGGUGAAGUUUACAAGUUUAAUAGCUUUCUGGUCAUCAACAACAAAAAGGCGGGAGAAGUCUACAACAUUGGUAGUUUUUUGGUCAUCAUCAACAAAACGAGCUACAAGUUCUCCUCACACAGAUUUCUCAUCCAAUUCAUUCCGGAAACAACAAUGGUGCAAGCAGACCAUGAUGACUACACUAUUGAGGGUCAAAACUUUGGGAUUCGUUCCAACGCCGAGUUUAAUGAAUCUGUUGACAAGAACGAGGACCUUUAUGGUAAUAACUCUUUCAUUAUGAGUAGAGUUCAAUCAAAGGAAGACAUUGAGAAAAGUAUGUUUAGACGAUGGAUGGAGAGAAACGAAGAAUCAGAAGAGGCUCAUCAGAUAACUUAUUCGGAAUUUCUGAAAAAAAUUACAUGGAACAACGAUAGAAGUCUAUGGUCAAAAGUGGAAAGUUUUGAAGAGAUUCAAAGUGCUGGGGACACGAAAUAUGAUGAUUACAAAUCAGUAUCCUAUGAUAGAGGUCUCCUAGAUUCAGACUGA